AUGGAAGAAAGUGAUGAACCUGAACAGCCUAUCUCAUUAGGGAGGCAGGAAUUUAGAAGGAGAAGACGACCCAGCCAACCGAUGGUAGACAAGUCCCAGCAAACUGAUGUACCAGAAAAAAAGAAACCCAUGGCUGUAGCACAACCUCCUGUCCCCAAAGCUACCCUCAGUAUUGGCAAUAUUUCUGGAAGCAAAGACAACUACUCUGCAAAAGAAUAUGAGUCUCUUAGACUGUCUUCUCAACUUCAACAAACUUGGAUGAAGAGAAAGCAGGGCAUGGAGAUGACUGAUAAGUCUCUGCAGACAGAGGCUUCUGUGGAAGAAAAAGCGAAAGCCAUACUCACUGAUAAAACACUUACCCUUGAAGAAACCUCCGCUGGUGUUAGAGAAACAGCUCCUGAAUUGCCACAGUGUGUUCCAGAAGUAGAGAUUCCAACAAGCAGACCCACAGAUCGGUUAAUAGACAGAUCUCAGCAGACCAGCUGUACUGGUGACUUUAGUGUGAUGUACAUUUGCCCAAAAGAAACAGUGGACAAGGAACAACAGACAUACUUCAGUGAAUUAGAAAUUACCAUCAUGAAUAUGCCAGGUAGUUCCCUGCUUAAGCCAAAGGAGGAAACAAUACCUGUUACACAAGAGGGUUUCUCAUUUGAAGUAGAUGGUUUUCUUGAAUUAGAGGUACUGCCAGGUGAAAAAGUCCCUGAUGCCAUGAUGCCUUUCACUGAAGGGACAUUUUCUGGUGAAAUCCAGGCUCUAACAGCUGAUGAGCUUCCUUCUGAAGCCCCUGGUGACAUUAGUCAUCUGUCAGUGCAAGGGGCCCUUUCAUAUGAGCCUUAUGAUCGAGAGUAUCUCCACAAAGCUGAGGUGGAUCAUGAAGAACAACCUAUUGAAAUUGUGGUUCCAUUCACAGAAGUGUUUGUGAAGAUCCAAAAUGUAGCAGGCGAAGAAGAAUCUGCUACUGCUGAAGAGUCCACUGACAGAGGUCAACCUCUACCAUCUGAGGGGGCUUUUAAAGAAGUUCAGCCACCAUUAGAUAAGCACACAUUAGAAGCAGUCUCAGCAGAAAUUGCUGUGGUACUAGCUGAGGAAUUUCCUCUAGAAGAUGUCUUUGAAGGAGGUCAGCAUCCAUCAGCAAAGGAUGCUCCUGAAGAAGUAGCACCUGCAAGAAUUCUGCCUCUACCAGCUGAGGAGGCCCCUGCAGAAGCUUCAUCUGCUCCAGCUGAGGAGGCCCCUACAGAAGCUCCACCUGCUGAGGAGGCCCCUGCAGAAGCUCCACCUGUACCAGCUGAGGAGGCCCCUGCAGAAGCUCCACCUGCACCAGCUGAGGAGGCCCCUGAAGAAGCUCCACCUGCUGAGGAGGCCCCUGCAGAAGCUUCACCUGCACCAGCUGAGGAGGCCCCUACAGAAGCUCCACCUGCUGAGGAGGCCCCUGCAGAAGCUCCACCUGUACCAGCUGAGGAGGCCCCUGCAGAAGCUCCACCUGCACCAGCUGAGGAGGCCCCUGAAGAAGCUCCACCUGCUGAGGAGGCCCCUGCAGAAGCUUCACCUGCACCAGCUGAGGAGGCCCCUGCAGAAACUCCACCUGCACCAGCUGAGGAGGCCCCUGCAGAAGCUCCACCUGCUCCAGCUGAGGAGGUCCCUGCAGAAGCUCCACCUGCACCAGCUGAGGAGGCCCCUUCAGAAGCUCCACCAGCUGAGGAGGCCCCAGCUGAACCUCUACCUGCACCAGCUGAGGAGGCCCCAGCAGAAGCUCCACCUGCACCAGCUGAGGAGACCCCUGCAGAAGCUCCACUUGCUUCAGCUGAGGAGGCCCCUGCUGAAGCUCCACCUGCUCCAGCUGAGGAGGCCCCUGCUGAAGUUCCACCUGCUCCAGCAGAGGAGGCCCCUGCAGAAGCUUCACCUGCACCAGCUGAGGAGGCCCCUGCUGAACCUCCACCUGCACCAGCUGAGGAGGCCCCUGCUGAACCUCCACCUGCACCAGCAGAAGAGGCCCCUGCAGAAACUCCACCUGCACCAGCUGAGGAGGCCCCUGCAGAAGCUCCACCUGCUCCAGCUGAGGAGGCCCCAGCUGAACCUCCACCUGCACCAGCUGAGGAGGCCCCAGCAGAAGCUCCACCUGCACCAGCUGAGGAGACCCCUGCAGAAGCUCCACUUGCUUCAGCUGAGGAGGCCCCUGCUGAAGCUCCACCUGCUCCAGCUGAGGAGGCCCCUGCUGAAGUUCCACCUGCUCCAGCAGAGGAGGCCCCUGCAGAAGCUCCACCUGCUCCAGCUGAGGAGGCCCCUGUAGAAGCUCUACCUGCUCCAGCUGAGGAGGCCCCUGCAGAAGCUCCACCUGCUGAGGAGGCCCCAGCUGAACCUCCACCUGCACCAGCUGAGGAAGCUCCUGUAGAAAUUUCUCCUCCACCAGCUGAGGAGGCCCCUGAAGUCCCACCUGCACCAGCUGAGGAGGCCCCUGCAGAAAUUUCACCUCCACCAGCUGAGGAGGCCCCUGAAGUCCCACCUGCACCAGCUGAGGAGGCCCCCACAGAAGCUCCACCUGUACCAGCUGAGGAGGCCCCUGCCGAAGCUCCACCUACACCAGCUGAGGAGGUCCCUGUUGAAUCUCCACCUGCUCCAGUUGGGGAGGCCCCUGCUGAAGCUCCACCUGCAUCAGCUGAGGAGGUCCCUGUUGAAUCUCCACCUGCUCCAGCUGAGGAGGCCCAUGCUGAAGCUCCACGUCUAUCAGCAGAUGAUACACCUGCCGAAGCUGAGUUUCCACUUACUCAAGAGACUCCCCUACAAGGGGCUUCUGUUGAAGUUCAACCUCUAUCAGCUGAGGAGGUCUUUACGAAUGUGGUUCCAGUUGAAGAUGGCCCUACAGCUGAAACUGGGUCUCCUUCAUCUGAGGGGGCUCCUCCUGAAGAAACUACAAUGGAAACCCAGGUGACGUCAGUUGAGGAGAGCCCUGAAAAGACCUCUGCUGAUGUUCAGCCUCCACCACCUGAGACUCCUGCUGAAGACUCUCCUGUUGUUAAACAGCCUUCCAAAACUGAUGGGGUCCCUAUUCAAGAGUUUCCCAUGCAAGACACACCUGAUGAAGGUUCACUUGCUCCUUCUCAACAAUGCCCUGAAGAUAAGACUUUACUAAAAGAACAUCAGUUGCCCCCAGUAGAAGGUAUCACAGAGAAAGAAUUAGAUUCUUCUUUGACAGGUGAUAGAAACACUGAAGGAACAGAUCCUACUUCUGCAGAUGUGUCUGGGAGCAAGGAUGAGCCAGUUCCCACUUUCAAAAUAGCAGCUACCAUUAAAAUAGAGUUAAAGAACCCGCCCUCCUGA